AUGCGUGGUGCAGGCCUCUUUUUCUUCCUCCUCUUCCUCCUCAUCAUCUUCGCUGUCGGAGGUUGGGUUGCCUAUACACAAAUAACGGCACGGCGCUCCGGUCUACCCCCUCCAUCUCUCAAAUCCUGGAAAUCAUAUAUCCCGUUCUUCCGACCGCAGGGCUCCUCAAACUAUCCGGCACCUCGACACGCCGGUCCCUUCGAAUGGGUCCGCGAGCAAUUCUCCAAGUUUGGCAACAAGCGCACUGCACGCGGUGCGUACGAGGAAGCCGGCGCUGAUAGUGCAGGUGGGUAUGCCGGCGGGGGUCGGACCGGCAGACGUCUGGAGGACGAUGCCUGGGACACCCGAGUCGGCAAUGAAGACCCUUAUGGCGACCGCGCGGGCUACAGCGGCUACGAAGAGCAAGAGUUGGGCCUCGCGCCCACUCCUGGUUUGAACAAUGAGUCCUACGGUGGAGGUAGAGCCGGCGGUGGCGGCGACUACCUCGGCGCCAGUGGCUACAACGACCGUGGUCGAUCCAGAGGAGGAGUUGGAUCUGACCCCUUCGGCGACCAGAAUGAAGCACCCAGUCUGAGAAGUGUCAGCCCCCGGCCUCACGAGGGCGGGCAUUCCAAGGGAAACGAGAGUCUGGAUGCGAAUGAUGGAAAUACGAGCCCGAUAAGUACACGCAAGAGCGUGUUCAGAGAAGGCAUAUGA